AUGGCUCACUCUCCCGUCCACCCCGAGUUCAUGUCUGCAACAGGCGACAGGCCGGCCGCGCGCCGCGCCCCGGAUACCACCUCAUACCCGGUCUCCCGGGAGAAUGGCGACAUCAUCCCCGACACAAAACAGAACCCGGCCGUGGCCGAAAAGGAGUCACCUUUUGCCAAGUCAUGGGUGCACUUUGUCGCUGGAGGUGUCGGAGGCAUGACGGCGGCGACCCUGACAGCACCCCUCGACGUUCUCAAGACUCGCCUCCAAUCCGACUUUUACCAAGCGCAGCUCCGCGCCUCCCACCAAGCCCGCGCCCAGGCCGUCGGCUCCCUUAGCCCCUUCAGGGCAGCAAUCUUCCACCUCCGGGAAACGUUCCAGAUCCUCGGUUCCGUCUACAAGAUCGAGGGUCCCCGCGCGCUGUUCAAGGGCCUCGGCCCGAACCUCGUCGGCGUCAUCCCGGCAAGGAGCAUCAACUUCUACACAUAUGGCAACGGUAAACGCCUGAUCGCCGAGUACGGCAACGGCGGCAACGAGGCGGCGUGGGUCCACCUAUCGGCGGGCGUGCUGGCGGGCAUCACAACGAGCACGGUGACGAAUCCCAUUUGGCUCGUCAAGACCCGGCUGCAACUCGACAAGAACGUCGCCCAGCAGAAGGGCGGCUUACACAACCGGCAGUAUCGCAACAGCGUGGACUGCAUCAGACAGGUCCUGCGCACCGAGGGGUUCAAGGGCUUGUACAAGGGCAUGAGCGCGAGCUACCUGGGUGUCGCCGAGAGCACGCUGCAGUGGGUCCUGUACGAGCAGAUCAAGAACAGGCUGGCGGCGAGGGAGGAGCGCAUCGUUGCGAGCGGAAGGGAAAAGACGUUUUGGGACCAGACGGUGGAUUGGAUGGGCAAUGCCGGCGCUGCUGGCGGCGCCAAGUUGGUUGCGGCCAUCUUGGCCUAUCCUCAUGAGGUCGCACGGACGAGGCUACGACAGGCGCCCUUGGCCAACGGACAACUCAAGUACACCGGGCUCUGGCAGUGCUUCCGCGUCGUAUGGGUUGAAGAGGGCUUCAUGGGUCUCUACGGCGGUCUCACCCCUCACCUCAUGCGCACCGUCCCCAGCGCCGCCAUCAUGUUUGGCAUGUACGAGGGCAUGCUGCGCAUCUUUGGUGCCCCCAACAAGGCCACCGCAAGCUUGUAG